AUGAACUCCUCAUCUACCACGGAAGAAGACCAAAAGCAUUUGCGAAGGAUAGUCGAUCUUCCGCCAACACCACCCGACUCGGACCAUAGCGAUGUUGAACGAUCAGAGAGCCCAUUGAGUGGAGAGCUCAGCAAUCCUGAUUUUCCUUUACCACCCUCCACGGAAGAACCGACUGCAGUGCUCGAUCAGGACAAGAAGACUCCAGAUGGUUGGCUGCCACGAGAUCCAAGGUUAAUACGUCUGACUGGUGUACACCCCUUUAACGUUGAGGCUCCCUUGUCAGAUCUGUAUGACCAAGGGUUCUUGACCAGCCCAGAGCUGUUCUAUGUCCGGAACCAUGGCGCCGUACCACAGGUCAAGGAGGAAGAUAUACCUGAUUGGGAGUUCAGCGUAGAAGGCAUGGUCGCCAACCCAUUCACCCUGACUCUCCGGGAACUCAUGGAGCAGUAUGAGCAACAUACUUACCCAGUCACGUUGGUAUGCGCAGGCAACCGGAGGAAGGAACAGAAUGUGGUGCGGAAGACGAAAGGCUUCUCGUGGGGCGCUGCUGGCGUGUCGACUGCUCUAUUCACCGGUGUCAUCAUGGCCGAUGUCAUUCGCAAGGCCAUGCCGAAAAGAGGUGCGAGAUAUGUCUGUAUGGAGGGCGCAGACAAGUUACCGAACGGUUUCUACGGCACGUCUGUCAAAUUGAACUGGGUUCUCGAUGAGAACAGGGGUAUGAUGCUCGCUCAUGGCAUGAACGGCGAGCUGUUGCGACCUGAUCACGGGAAGCCUCUCCGAGUAGUCAUUCCAGGGCAGAUCGGUGGUCGAAGCGUGAAAUGGCUGAAGAAGCUCGUCGUCACUGCCGAACCGAGCGAUAACUGGUAUCACAUCUACGACAACAGGGUACUGCCCACCAUGGUGUCGCCCGAGCAGUCAGCCAAUGAGCCGAAAUGGUGGAUGGACGAACGCUACGCAAUCUACGACCUGAGCACCAACUCUGCCAUCGCGUAUCCCGCCCAUGAAGAGCAGCUUGGCCUAGUCGGCGCGCAACAAAACUAUCGAGUCAAAGGAUACGCAUACGGUGGCGGUGGGCGACGAGUCACAAGAGUCGAGAUUUCCAUCGAUAAGGGAAAGUCAUGGCGUCUGGCGAAUAUUGAUUAUGCCGAGGAUCGUUACAGAGACGCAACUCCGCAGAAGCUGCUCGGCGGCACACUUGACUUUGGCUGGCGAGAGGCUUCAUUCUGCUGGUGCUUUUGGAACAUCGACGUUGCUGUCAUUGAACUUGCAGAUUCCAAGGACAUCCUAGUCCGUGCCAUGGAUGAAAGCAUGAACCUACAGCCACGAGACAUGUACUGGAGCGUUCUUGGCAUGAUGAACAACCCUUGGUACCGUAUCUCUAUCAGCAAAGAGGGAGACUACCUCCGCUUUGAGCAUCCAACACAACCGGCACUCAUGCCUGGAGGAUGGAUGGAGAGGGUGAAAGCUGCAGGCGGCGACCUCAGCAACGGCUACUGGGGCGAGCAAAUUGGUGGGGAGGACACAGACGCACCCAUCGCAGAAGCUGCUGCAGAGGUGAAAAUGACGAAGGACGAUGUCAAGCUGAAGAUUACCAUUGACGACUUACGAAAGCAUGACAACGAAGAUGCGCCUUGGUUUGUGGUAAAUGGUGAGGUCUACGAUGGAACGGCGUUCCUGAAAGAGCAUCCAGGUGGUGCUCAAAGCAUUGUAUCUUCGGCCGGUCUCGAUAGUACUGACGAGUUCAUGGCGAUUCAUAGCGAGACGGCGAAAGCUAUGAUGCCAUCCUACCACAUCGGCACCCUCGACGAAGAGGGACGAGCUGCUCUGACUGGCCAAGAGGUGCAACCAGACGAGAACGCUGAACCCACCGCAGCCUUCCUCGAGCCACGAGCCUGGAAGAAGGGCAUUCUUCACUCAAAGAAACGAGUAUCCUGGGACACACGAGUCUUUUCAGUUAAGCUCGAUCACGACGCCCAAACACUCGGACUACCCACGGGACAACACCUCAUGAUCCGCCUACGCGAUCCAGUAACAAGGGAAGCCAUCAUCAGGAGCUACACACCCAUCUCACAAACGACCAAGAAAGGCUACAUGGACAUUCUCGUCAAGCUGUACUUUGACACAGACUCGAAGCCAGGCGGCAAAAUGAGCAAAGCACUCGACGCCAUUCCCGUCGGCCACUACAUCGAUUUCAAGGGACCGAUAGGCAAAUUCGAGUACCGUGGCAAAGGACGCUGUGCUGUCAACAACGUCGAGCGGAAUAUCAAGAAAUUCUACAUGAUCUGCGGCGGUAGUGGCAUCACGCCGAUCUACCAGGUCUUCCGCGCUGUGAUGCAGGAUAAAGACGACCCUACACAAUGUGUUGUGCUCGACGGCAACCGGUUGCUGGAAGAUAUCUUGUGCAAGGCGGAUCUGGACCAGUUUGCAGCUGAGAAUGCCGACAGGUGCAAGUUGCUGUACACCUUGACGAAGGCUCCAGAGGGGUGGCAAGGCUUGCAGGGCCGGAUUGCUGCGCCUCUCUUGAAGGAGCAUGCCGAUCGGAGUGUGCAUGGAGAUGGUGAGGCAAUGGUACUGAUCUGUGGGCCGGAGGCGUUGGAGAAGAGUUGCCACCAAGCAUUGCUUGAGCUUGGGUGGAAAGAUGACGAGCUGCUGUUUUUCUGA